CCCGUGGGCAACCAGGUUGCGACAUUUGGCCCACCCCGAAACAAACCUCCGCCGAUCGAGCCCUACAAAACCAACAGCCGCCGCCGAUCUCUCGCCACUCACUUUACCCACUCCACUCCAACGACCCGCAAAACCCUAGCUUCCCGCCGGCGCCGGCAAUGGCCAGCCGGUUCUCCAACGUCGACCCGGUGACGGCGGCCGACAUGCGGCGCCAAGGCCUCGACCCGCAAGAGCUUGACCGGAGCACGGAGCAGCUCAUGUCGCUCAUCCACCGCAACCUCCCGGACCCGCCCGUCUCCACCACCGCUCGCCUCACCGCCUUCCGCGCGCGCCCGUCCGACGGCGUGGACCGCAUCAGCCGCCUCUCCGACGCGCUCCUCCGCGACAUCGUCUCCCGCCUCCCCGUCAAGGACGCCGCCCGCACCGCUGCGCUCGCCGCGCGCUGGCGCGGGGUCUGGCGCUCCACGCCGCUCGUCCUCGUCGACACGCACCUGGUCUCCUCCGCGCGCGGCAGCACGCCGGAUGUCAUCGCGGCCGUCUCCCGCGUCCUCGCCGCGCACCAGGGGCCCUUCCGCUGCGUCCACCUCACCUGCAGCCGCAUGGGCUCGUACCAGGCCCAGCUCAAGCGCUGGCUCCGUCUCCUCGCCGCCAGGGGCGUCCAGGAGCUCGUCCUCGUCAACCGCCCGUGGCUACGCGAGGUGCCCCUCCCCAAGACGCUCUUCACCAUCUCCACCCUCACCCGCCUCUACAUCGGCGUCUGGAAGUUCCCGGACGCGGCUGGCCUCCAAGGCGCCUCCUUCCCCCACCUCCGGGAGCUCGGCAUCUGCAGCGUCGCCAUGAAGGACGGGGACAUCGACGCCAUCGUCGCCAGGAGCCCCGCCCUGGAGAUCCUCAACGUGCAAGGGAGCAUGAAGGGGGUGCACCUCCGCCUCGUCAGCCAGAGCCUCCGUUGCGUGCAGAUCUGCUCUUUCGUCAUGGAGAGCGUCAACGUGGUGAACGCCCCGCGUCUCGAGCGUCUCAUCCUGUCAGAGUGUCUCAACCCUGCCGGCGGAUCGCGCAUCAGAGUAAAGAUUGGCAACGUCCCCAAGCUGAGAGUAUUCGGGUUCCUGGAGCCAGGAAAAUACGUGCUGGAGGUCCAAGACACGGUCAUCAUGGCUGGGAUUAAGACAAGUGCAAGCAUGAUGGUCACAAGCGUGAAUGUCCUCAGUAUGAAGGCGCGCUUCCGAGUCUACGAGGAUGUCAAGAUGGUGCCCGCCUUCCUCAAAUGCUUCCCUAAUGUCGAGGCGCUGCAUAUUACGUCUGAAAAAUGUGAUCAACUCGCUACCAAGUUCGACCUCAACUUCUGGGAAGAGGUUGGUCCCAUCGUAAGUGUGCUCUUGCGGCUCAAGGUGAUCACGUUUCGUGAAUUCCGUGCCAGGCAAGAUGAGCUUGCCUUCCUCCAGUACAUCUUGCAGAAUGCAAUGGUGCUCAAGUAUGCAGUGGUUCAGAUGGUCAAUCCAAGAUUCACUUCACUGUCCGUAGAAGAGAUGGCCUUCAUCAUAGACAAUAUGCAGCCUCCUCAAAAUAAAAGGUGGGCCAGUACAGUUGGUUUGUUAACCAUGGGGACUCAUGGUCCUGAGGGAGGUGAACCUUGGACUUUUCGGAAAGGGGCAGACCUAUCCGACGACGACCCUAUUACACCAGUUAAAAUCAUCAUAAGGGUUGCAGGCCCGGCGACUCGCCAGCACAAGCCACGAGCUGCCAAGCGUCGCAACUGAGAUCUUUCACGCAUCAAGUUAUGCGCCGCGGGCGAGUUUAAUCUGGAGAAUUAGCCUACGUGGUUGCCUUCCAUGGUUCUUGUGGUGAUCGAGUUCCGAAAAUGGUGUCAAGUAGCUACUCUGUUUUGCAUGAGAGUCUAUGUGCGUUGUGGUAUGUCGUCUGCGACUCUGUGGUCUAGGGCCAGAGAUCAUUCUCCAGUAACUGAAGAAGACAUGGUGUACAUGGCAACUUUAGGCGCUGUAGUGUAUUGAUCGAGUUCUGCAAUGGUGUCAAGUCUAGUUGCUCUCGUUUAAUUAUGAUGAACUAACAGUAUACCGGAGCUCAUUCUGGUUCUAGUUCAGUAUGGCCGGAGCUCAUUCUCUGGCACUGUACCUAAAAACUGCAUGUGGAAUUUGGCAACUACUCCCUCUGUUUUUAAAUACAAGACCUUUUUAAAGAUUUCAAU